CAUCCAUAACAGGUGAUCUCAGGAGUACAGUAUAAGGUGACGGCUAAAAGAAGUCACCAAGCAAGUGAAAGUGAGCCCCAAGAGAUACCCCAGACAAGGAACAAUAUGGAGAAUAAAGAAACUAGCUAUCGUGAGAUAGGAGGAGGAGGAGGCUUAAAACGGAAUAUGGCCUUCCUAAAAGUUAAGCCAAAACACUAUUUGUCAGAAAGGAGAAAAACUGACACAAUUAUUGAGGAUGCUUCUACGGACAGCAAUAACUCUGCCACUGUGAAACGAAGUCAGUCAGACAGGACGGAGUAUAGCCACAAACUGAAAGAAAAGAUGUCUCCAAAUACAAGUUCUUCUGCCCCAGUGACUCCCACUCUGGACCCUGAAGAGAAGAAACAAAGAAUGAUGGCCAAGAGGGCAAAGGUUAUUAUGGAACUGGUGCAGACAGAGAAGGACUUCCUCUGUGACGUAGAGCUGUGUAUCCAAGAGGUUGUGCAGCCACUGAGGAAUCUACAGAAUGAAAAAAUUGAUGUUGAUGGUUUAUUCCGUAACAUUGAGUCAGUGCGACAGAUAUCAGCCAAAUUACUGUCCCUGCUGGAGGAUGCUACUUAUGAUGUUGAGCCAGAGCUACAGAUACUAGGUGAAGUGUUCCUACAGAUUAAGGCACCCCUUGAGGAAGUGUACAAAGUGUACUGUCGCCACCAUGAUGAUGCCAUCAGUCUGCUUGAGUCAUAUGAAAAAGAUGACAACAUUAAAGUGCAUUUACGAACAUGCAUGCAACAAUUAAAAAAAAUAUAUGAAGAUCGCGGAAAGCCAAAUUUACUGGACAUGGGCUCCCUAAUGAUUAAACCAAUACAGCGAGUGAUGAAGUACCCACUACUGCUGUGUGAGCUGCUGAAUGCCACGCCUCCUGAUCACCCAGACCGCAAAACAGUAGAGGAUGCAUACACAGAGAUCAAAGAAGCCAAUACUAACAUAAAUGAGUUCAAAAGACGCAAAGAUUUAGUGAUGAAGUACAUAAAAAAUGAUGAUGAAGAGUCUGUACGAGAUAAGCUUUCCAGGCUGAAUAUUCAUUCAAUACGGAAGAAGUCGCAAAGGGUUACUGGACAUCUAAAGAUGCUGACUGGUGGAGAACAACAGGUGAAGGACAAGACGUUCAGCAAAGAAGAAAAACUAUUCAGAAACUUAGAGAAGGCUGUAAGACUAUUUGUGAAGAAUGUUGCAGCUUACUGUGAAAGUACUGAGGAAGCCAUGUCAGUAGCUGUCCAGAAUGUUCUAGAACUUCAGAGUGUUCAAGAGACAAAUCCAGUGAACAAUGGCAAUUCACAAACACAAAAUGCUGCUGUGAAUCCUUAUGAUAGCUUUAAAGGGUACCUGCAGAGAAUGGUUUUAACUCCUUUGACAAAAUUACAACCCAUGUUCUCUGGCCCACUGAAGCUCAUUCAGAAACGGUAUGAUAAACUUCUGGAUUACAACAGCUUUCGUCAAAAAUCCACAAAAGAAGAACAGGAACUUGCAAGGAAAGACUAUGAAGCUCUCAAUGCACAGCUUGUAGAGGAGUUACAGGCCUUCAACAGGGCUGCCAGGGUCAUUUUUGUGAACUGCCUUUGUUGUUUUAUGACUCUCCUGCGAAGCCUUAUGUCAUCAGCGUUGCAGUCAUCCGGAUCCUUGUUACCUGGACCAUUUUCCUCCUCCAGCAUUACUGAGGUACAAAAUCGUGUUUUGGAAGAUCUUGAGAACUUGAACUUUGUCAAGGAGAAUUCCAGUGGAACUCACAAACUUGUAGAAAGAAAACUGAGUCUUGAGAAAAAAAGAUCAACUCCUACGCCUCCAGAGUUUUCACGUCAGACUGAAAACAAUCGGUCCAAGCUGCUGUCUGCAUACUGCCCAGAUAAACUGUACCAAGCAAAGCGCAACUUCAACGCCACACAAGAGCUUGAUGUGAAUCUCUGUGAGGGUGACCUGGUGGCAGUUGUGGCCCAACAAGAUCCACUGGGAAGCACAAGUAGAUGGCUUGUUGACAACGGGGUUGUUCAAGGGUAUGUGUAUUCUUCAUUUCUGAAGCCAUACAAUCCUGUAAAGGUACAAAAUGGGAUGCUGGACAACAGCUUGUGUGGAGAAGAUUAUGACAACAUCAGUCUUUUUGUUCCUACACGAGACAUCAGUAAUGGAAGUAUUCGAAGUGACAGCAGCUCUUCAGUUAGUGAACUUUGUGACAAAUCAGAUGUGGAGAGCAGUGAAAGUGAACAUUCUAAGGACAUCAAUGACCAACAGUACUACUAUGCUGUGUAUGCAUUCCAAGCAAGGACUCACCAGGAACUCACCUUGCAAGAGUACCAGAAAGUCCGCAUCCUGCACUUCUCUGACCUUAGUGGAAACAAGGAAUGGUGGUUGGCAGAAACCAAUGGACAGAAGGGAUAUGUUCCUGCUAACUACCUUGCAAAGAUGACCUAUGCAUAGCUUCUGACCAGGCAAAUUAAUUUAUUCCACAAAAUGAAGUAAUUGUUUCUGCAGUGCUAAUUUGCACACUCACUAGGCGGAUCCUAGACUGAAGAUAAGCAAACUGUCCAAAGGCUUUCCCUGCAUUGCACAAGCCAGCAGAUGUUUUUAGACUGUUUGCAGCUAUGUUCCACUAGACAAUGGAUUACUUGGUGAAAAUUAUCGUCAAGUACUGUACUUUAGAGGUUAUAUACUUACGGUUAAUGCAUCUUGUUGCAAUUUAUCAUCUUUUCUCCCAACUUUGUUUUCCAAUGAUUAGCUGAAAAAAAAGAAUCUGUCACACUGGACUUUACUAUUCUGUCUGGAUUCUCUCCUCAGUUUGUGCCUUAAAUUCAAAGUGUUUUUUGAACCGCGACAACCACAACAGGUAUUCAAACUUUAGUUAGGACAGUUGACUUAAUAUUUGGUCACCAAAGGUGAAGCCUACUAUUGGGCAGAUCUGUCUGCAGACUUUUUUUAUUAUAAUUUGAAAUAUGAAGUUUGUUGCCAAGUUGAAAAUCUUUCUGUGCUUUUCAACUUUGAUAAUAUUGAAGUAAUUUAUUCAUGAAUUCACAAAUUCAGCACUUUAGCAGACAAUGGUCGCCCAGCACCGUGCAGAUAUUUGACCACUGAGAUCUAUGUAUGCCUACUUUGUUUUAUUUUUGGAUAACCAUAUAAUGUCCUAUGUGAUGAACCCAUUUCAUUAAUAACUUGAGAACAGUGAGGAGGUUAAGUAAUGUGUUUAACAUCACACAAAUUAUAGAUAAAUGUGUUACAGGCUGUAAGAAUUACGUACAAAUAUGCCGGCUAUAUUACUGCCAAGCUCAGUCAUGGCUACUUAUUCUAACCCCUUUGCAACAAAUGCAGUGAUUUGUAGGUGUUCAGAAAAAAAGGGUAUUCUCUGGAAACUGUAGACUGUUGUACUGUCCCCUACUACUGAAACAGUAAAAUGCAUUUUCAGACAAUAUAUGACCAUAAUAUCCAGCUAGAUAUUUAUGUAAAUGUUAUAUUGUGUUAUGUUAUGGUUAUUCUGUCAAAAUGCAUAACAAAAUGAGUGUUAUUUUAUUAUGUCUACCCCAAAAUAGAUAGAAUAAUUUAAGAAAUUCCAUUUUGCUAUACUGUAACCAUACUUGCAUAUUAUUUUCCAUUAAUAUAAUUUGUAAGGGUGCUGAUACCCCCUAAAUGCCUCCACUUUAGAAGUGGGUAAGUUAAUGUGGCUGUCAGUCCUCUUACAAACUGUAUUAAGAGAAGCUAUAAUUUGCAGACAUGGCUGAAUAAAGAUAUGCAUCCAGUGGAAUGAGCAUUUUAUUUCAUAGUCCUAGAAACCCAAGACAAGGCUAUUCUGUAAAGAAAUUAUGCAGGGAGUAGCCAGAAAAUGUGGUCCAAAAACGUAGAUGUUUAAAUAAAAAAUCUCUAGUAGCCUACAGACACUAGUUUCCAUCUGCCUAAUGCUCACCUAGAUUAAUGAGGUCCAAAGUGUGCUGAUGGAUGUUAUUCUCUCAAGAAAACCUUCCUGAUUUAGUCACCCCAUUUCAUUAGCUGUGGCAGUCUCUUUCUUUCCAGUGAUGAAUGUGGCUUAUGUUUCUGCUAUUAUCCAAACCCAGAUUGAAUCUACCCAGUUUUUUAUCCACAUCUGUUGUGUAAAGAACACUUUCUUAUUUUGUAUUGCAAAGCUUCCUGUUACAAGAUUUAUUCUAAAGUUUCGUGGCACUUUGCCCUCCUUUAUUGAAUAUUGUACUGUUAUGUACUUUUUAUUAAUAUCUCUAGUUAUUUCAUAUCUUGUAUCUUUAGAUUAUUACAAACAGCCCCCUGGCUUUCUUCAACCCAUCUGUAAUGUCAGUCUGUUCUUGCCACAUCACAUACUACCUACCUGUAUUUUCAUUUGUAGUUAUGCAUACCUGAGACAAGCUGCUGCAACUUCCUAUCUGUCCAGGUUGGUGUUUAUUCUUAUAUUCCCUCCACAGCAGUCAUUAUAUUAUAAGCUCUAACACUGUAUGCAAAGCAGUCAAGUUAUAAAGGGUACCCAUUGCUGCAUAACAGACAAAUACUGCACUGUUGCACAGACAUUUGAAUCUAUAACAUUAAAACUAUGUUAUGUGACUAUGAGUAAUUCCUAGUAGCAGUACAAAAUGGUGACAUGAAUUGAGACAUAUAUAUUCAAAUAACAAAACUAAUAAAUGCCAAGAUUAAGUUAGAGAAUCCAAAAACAAGGAAGAGUUUUGCAUACUGUGACACCUUUUUAUGACAUUUCAAAUAUGAGAGUUACAUGCUUAUGUAUGUGACUUCAUAAGAAUGUAUCACUGUGUGCAAAAUUCAUAUAUUCAUAGAUUGUUAUUAGAUUAAUGACUGGGGGGGGGGGGGUUCUUUCUAUGCCUAGCCAAGUUU